AUGCUCUUGAAGUCUCUUACCGCGUUGGCGUUCGUUGCCCCGACCCAUGCUCUCAUCCGGUUCGGGUGCUCGCAGCUCGUGGUAGACCGUCUUGAUCCCUUAGUUGAGCCUGGAAACGCUCCGUCAGCCCAUCUCCACCAGAUCAUUGGAGGAAACUCUUUCGUCCCUGACAUGAGCCCGGAUGUUCAUGAUCCACCAGCAAUGUCCACCUGCACCACAUGCCAGCCUGCAGACGAUUUCUCUAACUACUGGACCGCUUCUCUCUAUUUUCGCGCUAGGAACGGAACCUAUAAGCGCGUCAGUCAGAAAGGCAAUGCAGGGUUCGAAGGUCAGAAUGGUGGCAUGACCGUUUAUUAUAUGCAGAACCAACUUGCCGACUACCAGCAGAAGGCGAAAGUGAAAGCUUUUCAACCGGGCUUUCGCAUGCUAAUCGGUUCACCAACCGCAACCACAAAAUCGGAAGCGGAUAGGUACCCACAACUCACGUACACAUGUCUACAAAACCCAGGCACCCGCUUCCCGGAGACUAAAGCGUUUCCUACCAAGCCCUGCCCCGCAGGCAUCAUGGUUAACUUGAGAUUUCCAACCUGUUGGAAUGGUAAAGAUCUCGAUUCACCAGACCACAUGGCGCACAUGGCCUAUCCAGUAUCUGGUACUUUUGAAAGCCAAGGCCCUUGUCCAACCUCCCAUCCCGUGCGUAUGCCUCAACUCAUGUACGAAGUCAUCUACGAAACCGCACCGUUCAACGACCCUUCGCUCUGGCCAGAAGACGGUAGCCAGCCCUUUGUCUACUCUUUCGGUGACCAUACCGGGUACGGCAAUCACGGCGACUAUGUCUUCGGAUGGAAGGACGACUCAUUGCAGAAGAUCAUGGACGAAGAAUGUUACGUUGGAUGCUCGUCUAUGAAAACACAAAGCAUGGAGAUGAUGAACAGCUGUAGCGUGCCGCGUAAGGUCAUCGAGGACAUCGGUGAUCAGGACUGGAUCCCCGCGCUUCCAGGGCACUUGAACGCGACGCGGGCUGUUACUUCGACUUUUAAGGCAUUUCGUGCGUAG